UAUGUCAUUGUCAAAUGUCAUUCUUCAUACUUUAUUGUGUUUAAACCAAUGAAGUAGGAAACCUAGGUCUAUGGUUUAAACGAAAUUUACUGUAGGUAGGUACGGUACGUAUUUAACUACGUUAAAUCAAUAAAACAUUCAUCAUGGCUGAAGUGAAGGAGAAUAUCUUCUUAUUUGUGCCCAACUUGAUUGGAUUCGCGCGUGUGAUCCUUGCGAUCAUAUCGUUUUAUUUCAUGCCUACACAUUGCAUUUUGGCGUGUUCCUGCUACAUCAUCUCUGCAUUGCUCGAUGCCGUGGACGGUCAUGCAGCCCGGUACUUUAAUCAGAGUACUAAAUUUGGUGCAAUGCUUGAUCAAUUGACCGACAGAGCUGGCACCUCCUGCCUCUUGGUGACUCUCGCAACAUUCUAUCCCCAAUACACAUUCUGGUUCCAGCUAUCUCUAGCCAUUGAUGUGACUUGUCACUGGCUGUACCUUCAUACGUCAAUGCUCCAGGGCAAGGCUUCUCAUAAAUUCAUUGACAUGUCUGAGAAUCCUAUCAUGCGUGCCUAUUACACCAACAAAUGGCUCCUUUUCUAUAUGUGUGCUUGCAAUGAAGCCUUCUACGCAUCGCUGUACGUUCUGCACUUCUAUUCAGGACCAACAAUUCUAGGUGUGGAGCUGUAUAGGCUGAUUGCCAUGGUGACGAUGCCAACUGCGAUCGUUAAGACUGGUAUUUCUGUUCUUCACGGCUUUGUCGCCUCUCUAAACCUGGCAACUAUUGACGUGAAUGAGCGAGCUGCUGCUAUUCAAAAGAACGAAUAAUUUCUUAAACAGAUAAUAAUCAUUCGUUAUGAUGUAAAAACAAUAUUUCUUCAUGGUUCCUAGAACUUUCUUCUGUGAAAGAAGUUGUAUUUCUAGUCACUAAAACGAAAAAAUGCGUUGUUACUUUACUUAAAUUGACACAUCCAUAUGAAAAUCGAUUGAAUUAAUAUUUUUCGAUUUAAUUAUUUUAAUAAAAUAAAUUGUUGCUCUAACAUGUAACUGUUGCAAAGGGUUCAUUUUUCAGAACCUCAUACGUCGUAUGCCAAUUUACGUCACUUCACACGUAAAUCACCUACAUAUUUGCACGUUUUUUUUUUGUUUAUAAUUUUACCCAUAAACUGCUGAAAGUUUUGCUUAAAAUUCUUAAUUAUACUAUGUUUUGUCAAUUUAAUUACGGUGAACAUAUAUUACAAAAUUUACAACAUGCUUUUCCUUCAAUAUAACCUCUGAAUGUAUUAUGUUCAUUCUAUUUAAUUAAGCAUAAAAUUCUAAACCAAAUAUUAUGUCGUUAACUUUAGUGUAACAAAUCUCGAGUACUCAUUUAAUCUGCAUGGUAAUAAUAAACACUAAUAUAAGGCGAUGGGGCGAGGCACUAAAUAGCCGAGUUUUUUUUCCAAAAUUAAUAAAAGUAUUAAGAUAUCUUUAAGGAAAUUCCAAUAAAUAAUUCCAGUAUACUUUUUUUUUCAUAAGCUUGUUAUUUGUGCAGAUGCUGUACAGCUAGUGUAGUUGUGUGUCAAAACACGUAGGUAAUGAAACAAAAAUUUUGUAACGCGCGAGGUUUCCAAGAUCUCUUGUCUGUGAGGAACCGCCUUCGAUUUAAAAGUAUUGAUGUUUAGCUUAGCAAAUGAAUAUUAUAUUUCGAAUACCUACGUUAAAGUACUAUUUCUUCUUCCAGUUUGUUAUGUCGUAUUAAAUCCAUAACUUAAAAAACGAGGAAUAUAAAACUAUGGAAACUUUAAUAAGAAAAGCGUAGUAAUUAACCAGUUUAUUCAAUAUUUGGUGUCGUGUGAUAGAAAAAUAAAUAAAUUUGCUAUCUUUUAUCCAAUGACUAGGUAAAGAAAGUUUAUGUAUGUUAUGAUAUCUCAAAAUUUUAAUAUAAGUAUAAUUAUUGUAGUAAGUAGGUAUUGGUGAUAAUAGAAAUACUAAUCAACUUUUCAUUAAAUGAGUUCUUGUUGAAUGAUUGGACACUAAGCGCUGCACCUUAGUAACAAUAGCAACUCAAGAAGCCGAUUGCCAUAAAAAAAACCUUUUAGUUGUGCUCAGUCAAAUUUGUAAAGUUUACGCGGUCUUUUUCACAUUCAUUUUAACUUGUACGUAUCCAUUUCAUCAUCAUAGUUGGUUACUUUUGGCAGAGCGGUGGUCAUUUGGAAUAUUUGUAUAAUAAAUCCAGUUGUUCUCCAUCUGUAUCCAUUUAAGUAGGUACCGAAAUUUUUUCAUUGUAAAUUUCACCAACUUUGAUGUGACUCAUGAAAUUAGAAAUUUUUCACACGUACUUAACAAGAACCGGUGACAAUAUUGUAAUUUUAUUUCUGCAGUCCAAUGAGACCAUGCCUCCUUAAAAAUACCAUUACUUUUUGUUCCGCUUGCUAUGCGUGGGUAUUUUUUGUUUUUUUCAAGAUAUUUUUGAAUAUGGAACAAUACUGGCCGGUUUGCUUUAAGUUUAGUACCUAGUUAAUAGUUAUUAAGUUUUUUAGUACGGAAUAUAAAUUUGUAACAUUUAAAUAAUCUUUUCUGAACAUUUCCCAUAGAAAAACUCCCUAAAUCUCGCCAAAUUUUUGAUAGUAAAUACUUACUUAUCCUUGAUAUGAUUUUAAUAUUUUUGUUAAUUAUAUUACUAUAGUUACCUAAAUCAAAACUUAUAAAUAAUAAUUAGAUUUUAAAAAUUAUAAAUUUACAUAAGUGUAAAACCUAGUUUGUAAGACGUACUUAAUAUAUGAGAGAUAUUGUAUCAAAUUCCAUCAUCAUGAAUUUUGACUAGAUUUUUUCAUCCAACUAAAAUUAACAUAUUUUAUGUACGGCGUUUUUUUUACUGGUUUUAUUUAUUUAUUGUAUGUUUAAUUAUUCUUUACUAUACCCCUGGAAUGUGUUAUAGUUUAUAUUACAAUAAAAUCGAUUUGUAUAAUUUGCGACAAAAGUCCAUAUCGUGGAAUUUGGUGUAAUAAGUUCCUUCUCAUUUCAAUGGUAUGCAUUUUGUAUGAUUAAAUUUACGACCGCUAAGGAUAUGGCUAUUUUUUUUUUUCUACCGGAGAAAAUCGCCGGAUCCCCACCCGCACGGUAUGUGGGAGUCGAACCUCACUAAAAACUCCUGCCGCUCACAGCCGGUGCCCUAUCCCGGACCGGGCGGGAUUUGCUUAAAAAGGCGUGCAUGCGCUAGUGACGACUCAUUACAAAGCCCGGCUAACUCGGUCGGUACAGCAUGAGACUCUUAAUCUCAGGGUCGUGGGUGCGGGCCCCACGUUGGGCGCCAAUUUUGUAACGCAAUCUCCUUAUAUAGGAAUAUAAGGUGAAUACUUGGUUACACCCACCGGUAGCCGCAGUGGAGAGAAUGUACUCUUAAUGAAUGUUUAUCCCAGGGCGCCAUAUCCGUUAAUUGGUAACCAUUGAUUGGGUUUUUGCGUAACGCCCGGAGUGUUUGCGUGACACACCGCUCUUAUCAAUAUUUUUACCACGAUUCUCUGAAACGUUCCGGGUUUCAUUAUCUUUAGAUGUGAUAUAAAUUCAUUACCGUAUUUUAAGGGGUCAAGUUAAAAAAAAAAGUCGUUGAAUUUCAAUUAGGUACAUUACAUGAAUUUGUUUUUUUUUUAGUUUGGACUGAACUGGUUGCUAAGAUAUUCAUUUUUAACUAUUUAGCUAACUUAACUAUUUACCCACCCGUUUUUUACAAUAAAGUCAUUUUUUCUUACACUAUUUUUAAUUCAAAUUUAUUAAAAUGUAUUUUCUAUAAAAGCGUAUUUUGUUACAUAGUUGUUUUAAAAUAUUAUUUAUUGUAAUUUAAAAAUACUGUGGAUUGAUAUCAUCCUUUGUUUGAAAUUCAACAAAUCAUGGCAUACAAAUAUGUAAUACCUAUAUUGGCAAUAUGCAUUUAAUGAUAAUUAUAAUAAUUAAUUAUAAAUAAUUUUAUGCAAUAAAUCUCAAAAAAAUUCAACAAAUAAA